AUGUAUCCAUCGACGCUCAUUCAGGAGCAUGUCACGCGAUAUCUGUCAGAACUACUGCAGCGCAAGACACAUUUGUCCCGCAGAAUAGGCCUGGCGAUCAGCGGCGGAGUUGAUUCCAUGGCACUCGCCACCCUCUGCAGGGAAAGUCAGUCUGCGUGUUCAUUCACAGGGUUCAUAGUAGAUCAUGGCCUCAGACAGAACAGCAGCGAAGAGGCAAUCAAAGUCGCAGAUCAACUCCAUAGCAUUGGCAUCGAGCCACGCAUCCUUCGACUCGACUGGAAUGCGUAUGGAGAUCCGAGGAACAUGACCAAUUUCGAGGCUGUUGCGAGAAGAUUACGGUAUCAAGCUAUUGGGAAAGGAUGCUACCGUGAAGGAAUUCGCUCCUUGCUGGUGGGACACCAUGCAGAUGACCAGGCCGAAACAGUCCUUACGCGGAUCGUUUCUGGGUAUUUAGGUGCUGGAAUUGCUGGAAUUCAACCCGAAGCAGGAAUUCCGGAGUGUUCUGGCAUUUAUGGAGUUGAUGGCUCUGGAUGCAUCAUCGCCUCUGAUAUGGAAUCUGAAGGACAAUACGAGCAUCCUCAUGAUGCGAUUGUGAUUGAAAGUGGUGGUGUGAAUCUCUGCCGUCCAUUGCUACCUUUCACCAAAGACCAGUUGAUUCAGGUUUGCCGGGAGAAGGAAGUGAAAUGGUUCGAGGACCCAACGAAUAAAGACCAAACGCUUACAGUUCGUAAUACGAUUCGUCACCUCCACGAACAAGCAGUAUUACCGGCUGCUCUGCAGCGAAACAGGCUCUGUCCAAUGGCACUCGCCACGAAGAACAAGAAUUCCUACAUCGACGCGGAAGUUGACAGGCUUUUCAAUUCCAUCGAUGUAGAAUUGGAUGUGCGGCUCGGAAAAGUCACAUUCACAAUCGACUUCGAGAUGAUCGAAAGAUGGACUCCUCACUCCACUACCAUCAUGCAUCGCAUCAAAGCGUCAUUGCUCAGGAAACUCAUGCAUUUGAUCACCAGUCGAAGCAUUCUACUUCCAGACCUCGAAAGUGCCGUGCAGAUGGUCUUUUCCAGACAUCUACAUUUCCAGGCGAUGCAAAUUGGAAAGGUCAACAUCCAGCCUGCAAAACGCGAUGACAACAACACUUUCGAAAGCAGCGGUUACAAGACGAUUGUGCUCUGCCGCCAAAAACCUAGCACUAAAGAUGUGCGCAUGACCUCCCAACUCACGAUCCUCAAUCACGACAAACAUGGCACAGAUUUUGAUGAAGCAGGUUGGCUGCUUUGKGAUGAUCGAUAUUGGAUACGCAUGCAAUCGGCUCCGUUGGCUCCAUCUUGUAUGUUUGUCCGCUUCAUCACACCGAACAUGCUGGGCACAUUGAGGAAAUCUCUCAACAAGCAGCAGCGAUUGGUGUUGCAACAUAAGCUUGACGCUGCGAAAGAGCAUGACAUUAGAUGGACCCUCCCCGCCAUUGUUGCCCAAGAGGGCGACGAGGAGACCGUUAUAGCGCUUCCUACCCUGCGAUGGGAGAAUGCUGCAUUUCUGGAUAGCUAUGCCGAAAGAUCGGGAAACGCUGAGAUACCAUUUACUCUGGACAUACGGUAUAAAAAUGUAGACAUUUUACGUAGCGAACGUCAUCGAAUCAUUUCAUAA